GAAGUACUACAGCAGGAAGUACUACAGCAGGAAGUACUACGACAGGAAGUACUACAACAGGAAGUACUACAACAGGAAGUACUAAAACAGGAAGUACUACGACAGGAAGUACUACAGCAGGAAGUACUACGACAGGAAGUACUACAACAGGAAGUACUACAACAGGAAGUACUACAACAAGUACUGCAACAGGAAGUACUACAACAGAAAGUACUAAAACAGGAAGUACUACGACAGGAAGUACUACAACAGGAAGUACUAAAACAGGAAGUACUAAAACAGGAAGUACUAAAACAGGAAGCACUACAACAGGAAGUACAACAACAAGAAGUACUACAACAGGAAGUACUACAACAGGAAGUGCUACAACAAGCCUCCGUGUGGUACAACACACACUCAAGCCUCCGUGAGGUACAACACACACUCAAGCCUCCGUGUGGUACAGCAGACAGCCUUCGAGUGGCACAGCACACUCAAGCCUCCGUGUGGUACUGCACACACUCGUGA